AGAAAACCGAACGUGCUCGAGCAGCCGACUGUCAGUCUGGCAUGUAAACAAGGUCAGACACUGCAGCACAAAGCCUAUAACGCUUCCUCCAGUCACGGGCGGCUGCUCGCUCUUAAGGCAAGAGAAGAAGAAAACUUAUUUACCAGAGGACGAAGGAUUCUUAUUACAGACCAGCCAAGAUGAUGCAGUGUUUUCACUUCAUGGUGGAGCCGGCCAAAAACCUUACCGCCAAGAUAAAGGAAUCGCAUAAGAGAGCGAAGAAUGAGAAGAGGGAGCCUUUGGAUGAGGAUCAGCUGUUUAUUGUGGAUCUGGCUCGAGAUCUAAGCCGAGUGUGCCAGCGGUCAGCAGUCCUGGAGAACAUCUGGAACCUUGAUGACAUCUGGCCAGCCUCUCUCUGCAGGGUCUUCAUUCUACAGUGGGCCUCCAUGUUAGAGAGCAAGAAGAGGCCCUUGCAGACAGAUGGCUGGCCAGAGAUGGACGAGGUCAAACAGCCUGAUAUGAUUAAUGAGCAGGACGUGCUGCAGGCCAAAACUGUGAUCCUCAACUGGAUCAAGGACCUGAGAGCUCAGCCUGAGCAAAGUGUGUGGCCUGGGGAACCUGUUGCAAAGGCUCUGGAGGACCUGCAGUCAGCCUGGCGCUGGGGGCGCGCGCCCAAUCUGCUGACGGCUAUGGAGCUGGUUUUUUGGACUUUAAUCGUGCAGCGCCCAGAUAAGGAUACCAUUCCGCAGCAGUGGCUCAUGUGGAAGCAGAGGACUCAAAAGAUUGGUGCCAUAUCCUACAUUCCUCAACCAGUGUGGGAUUGGAUCUCAGAUGCUUCAGUGGAGGUCACUCUGGAUCUGGACACCGCCAACCCUGAUCUGCUCAUCACUGACGAGAAGAGGAUGCGCUGUGGCUUUGAGCGGAAGGAUGUUCCCAACUACCACCAACGCUUCGACGGCUGGUGGUGUGCUGUCGGGAUUGAGGGCUUCAGCUCGGGCCGCCACUACUGGGAGGUGGACGUGGGAGAGCGGGACUGGAGGCUGGGCGUGGCCAAAGAAUCGGCCCUGAGGAAAGGCUUCAAGUCCCUGAACACAGACACGGGUUACCUGAGCCUGCGGCUGGAGAGGGGCACUGAGCUGAAGGCACUGACGGUGCCAUUCACAGCCCUGCCGGCCGGCCUCAUCCCCCGCAAGGUGGGCAUCUACCUCGACUACGACCGCGGCCAGCUGUCCUUCUAUGACGUGGACAAACACUUCCACAUUUACACCUACAACGAGAGCUUCGGUGAGAAGCUUUUCCCCUUGUUUGGGACAGUGGAGAUCGGCAAGGAUCUGGUGAUCAAGUCUCCAGCGGCUAAGACCCAAUGUCUCUGCCCCACUCCCUGCCUCUGGGGUUGAGCUUCCUCCUCUCCCCUCUUCCUUUAAAAGCCAGUAGAUAUCAUAAUAAUGUAUUCCAAAUGGUUAUAUGAAAGGAAUCAGAGAUCCUGAUCAUUGUGCUAUUGAAUAGCUCCACUAUGUGACCACCCUCUAUGCUGCUGCUGCUGCUGCUGCUUUAAUGUGAUCGUUGCAACCACUUCCUCACUAUAGAGUUACAGCGCUACUCAUUGCUCACACACAUAAUGUAUUUUCAUAUAUUUGAAAGGAAACCUAUAGUAAUAAUGUAGUGUAUUGUGCAAUAUUAACCCUGCAGUAAGAAUGCAUUUCUGUGAAUGAUAAAUAAACCAAAUCCAUGUCUUA